UCAACUGUGCUAUGCUGAUGUUUUAACAUGUUCAACACUAGUCCUGCUGUAAGGCGUAUGAGUACAUGGGCUACAUUAUGGAGAAAGAGCAGUCUUUCAGAGAUGCUGCUAUGAAUUAUGAAAUGGCCUGGAAGUACAGCAAUCAAACCAACCCUACGAUCGGCUACAAGCUUGCCUUCAACUACCUGAAGGCCAAAAGACACGUGGAUGCUAUAGAUGUGUGCCAUAAAGUUUUGGAUGCACAUCCCAACUAUCCACGCAUCAGAAAAGACAUCUUGGACAAAGCAAGAUCAGCUUUAAGAUCAUGACAGGAAGAGCAGUGGGGUUUGUGUGUGCUGGUGCUCAAUCAUGAUUUCAUCUAUAAACUCACAAAGAGCAUUAAUGAGUAUCAGUGAAGUUGUGUAAAUGGCUACAUGCAGUGUUUAUUCAGCAUUACACAUAGUGUGCUAUUUUUUAAUAUGUACAUAUAAGUGAAUAAAAAUGUACAUUUUUCAUGUCAUGGGUCGUUAUGUGCAUUUUCAGUAUGUAGUAUCUGAUGUGUGCUGUGCAGAAUACUGAAUCCCACAGUGCUGUGUGCUUGACCUUGCAUUUAUUGUGUCUCAUUUUGUAUCUUUAUUUGCUCCCACUGGAAAAUUUUUUUUUUUUCAUCAAAAUGCAACAGUUUUUAUUUCCAGGAUAAUAAUUGCAUGCCAUUCCCAUGCAACAGCGUGGUAAAAUAAAUAAAUAAGUCAUU